AUGAUUGUGAUGGAGCAAAUCAUAGUUAAUCAGUCCUCUCUGUCAGGAUUUCUUCUUCUAGAAUUCUCAGAGCUUCGAGAGCUACAGAUUUUAUACUUUGUUGUGUUCCUUGCUUUUUACCUGGCAGCACUUACAGGAAAUCUUCUCAUCAUCUCUGCAGUAGCCUUUGACCAUCACCUGCACACCCCCAUGUACUUCUUUCUGAUGAACUUGGCCUUACAAGACCUUGGCUCAGUUUCAGUCAUUAUGCCGAAAUCCAUGGCCAAUACCAUCUUAAAUACAAGGUACAUUUCAAAUCUGGGAUGUGUUGCUCAAGUACUCUUUUUUCUCUUCUUCAUAGCAUCAGAUUUCUUUCUCCUUACAGUCAUGGCAUAUGAUCGGUACAUUGCCAUUUGCAAACCGUUACAGUAUGAGAUGUUGAUGAACAGGCAGGCCUGUACCCAAAUGAUCAUUAGUGUAUGGGUCAUCAGCUUUUUCUAUGGAGUGUUACAUACUGGGGGCACGUUUGCACCCCCUUUUUGUUCCAAUCUGGUCAAUCAGUUUUUCUGUGAAGUCCCAGAGUUACUUAAACUGACUUGCUCUGAUUUGUACCUACUUGAAAUUGGAGUUCUUGCAUUCAGUUUAGUCAUUGCGUUAGGGUGCUUCAUCUUCAUCGUUGUAACUUAUGUGUACAUAUUCAGCUCAGUGUUGAAAAUCCCUUCUAGUGCAGGGAGGCAAAAGGCCUUUUCAACUUGCCUUCCACAUCUCAUUGUUUGCUCCCUAUUUGUCUUCACUGGAUACUUUGCUUACCUUAAGCCCAUAUUUAAUAGCCCACCAUAUCUGGAUUUGGCUUUUACAGUGAUAUAUUCCAUGGUUCCACCACUGAUGAAUCCAGUAAUCUACAGCAUGAGAAAUAAGGAAAUUAAAAAUGCUCUGUCAAAGCUGUUGGGUUUAAGGCACUCCUCUAUGAAUACCUUUCCCAGCUAA